UAUGAAAGGCUCGGCGCUCAGCAGCAGCGGCCACUGGCACAAUAAAGAUUCAGGAAGCGCGCGGAGGAUUAAUUUCUUCUUUGAUUUCAGUCUUUAUUUUCUCCGCGGCAACAAUGGCAGACACACAGGUUGGCUCCGGCUCGGAUAUCUCUGCCAAGGACCUGAAGGAGAAGAAGCUGGCAGAGGAGAAGGAGAACGGCAAAGAUGCUGCCACCAAUGGAAAGGAGAACGAGGAGAAUGGCGACCCAGAGGUGGAUGAGGAAGACGAUGAAGACGUGGACGAUGAUGAAGAUGAGGAUGACGUAGAAGGGGAGGAGGACGAUGAGGAGGAAGACGAGGAUGAAAUCGAGGGGCGCCCCAAACGGCCGGCCGAGGACGACGAUGAGGACGAUGAGGACGACGUCGAUCCCAAGAAGCAGAAAACUGACGAUGACGAUUGAUGCGCUUCCUGCUGAACCACUUCCUGUCCCCACCUCUGAGCAGCGGCCUGUGGGGGGGGCUGGAGGACUGAUCUAAAGGAAAAUAAUAAUAAAAAUCAACAUGGUCAUUAGCAAGUAGAGCUCAUCCACAUCGAUCUACCCUCUAAGCUGCAAAUUUUCUAGAAGAAGCAGACCCAGAAAUCCAGCUUCUCUUCAACAACUCAAAAGGAGAAUUUGUUUGUAUUUUUAUUUACAUUUUAUAUUUUUGUACAUAUUGUUAGGAGGGGCCGCUCCCUCCAGCAGCGAUCUGUCAGACCAAAUCGGUGCUUCUUUGACAAAAGAUUUUACUUGGUUGACCAUGUUACAAUAUCAACAGAUGCUAGAAAAAUGUGUAAAAACAAAAUAAAAAAUGCAAAACGCCGUUGAACUCAGAGCAUUCCAGUAAAUUUAAUGUAUGUACUUUAGCUGUACCAUAACUAGUUUGUUUGUAUGGGGGGGUGAGGCCAAAGAGGACAGCCUCUGUUUCUUUUGUUUUUGUCAGCGACUUUUGUUUUAUGACGGCCUGUUUUGAUGUAUGUGCGAAGUUUGUUGUUUGACAAUAAACCGGACUUUUAUUUUGUGAGUUGUACUUUA